AAAAGAAAACUAAGCAGCUUGUGAAAGUGCUUUUAAUUUGUAAAUUCUGCUGUAUGGAAAUUGAAACGUUUGUGAUAAGAACAUAACUUAUAUAAGAAGGUGCACGUUGACAGAAAAUCGAGAAAAUCGGCAAAAUGACGCAAAUGUCGCAGGACGAAAUAAUAUCUAAUACGAAGACAGUCCUCCAGGGCUUGGAAGCCUUGCGAGUGGAGCAUGUCUCGAUUAUGAACGGCAUUGCCGAGGUACAAAAGGACAAUGAGAAGUCCGAAAUGCUCCGAAAGAACAUUGAAAACAUCGAACUGGGUCUGAGCGAGGCCCAGGUUAUGAUGGCUCUCACAUCCCAUCUGCAGAACAUCGAGGCCGAGAAGCAGAAGCUCAAGACACAGGUGCGCCGGCUGCAUCAGGAAAACGCAUGGCUCCGCGACGAACUGGCCAAUACGCAGCAAAAGUUCCAGGCCUCCGAACAACUGGUCGCCCAGCUCGAGGAGGAAAAGAAGCAUCUGGAGUUCAUGGCCUCUGUGAAGAAGUACGAUGACAAUCAGGAGCAGGACGACACCUGCGAGAAGUCCCGCACCGAUCCCGUUGUAGAGCUCUUCCCCGAUGAGGAAAACGAAGACAGAAACAAUAUGUCUCCCACUCCGCCCAGCCAGUUCGCCAACCAGACGUCGGGCUAUGAAAUUCCAGCACGUCUGCGUACUCUCCACAACCUGGUUAUUCAAUAUGCUUCACAGGGCAGAUACGAAGUAGCCGUUCCCCUUUGCAAGCAAGCAUUGGAAGAUCUCGAAAAGACCAGUGGCCACGACCACCCAGAUGUCGCAACAAUGCUGAACAUUUUGGCGCUUGUUUACCGCGACCAGAACAAGUACAAAGAGGCCGCCAAUUUACUCAACGAUGCUCUGUCGAUUCGUGGAAAGACUCUGGGAGAGAACCAUCCAGCCGUAGCGGCAACCUUAAACAACUUGGCUGUGCUUUAUGGCAAGCGCGGCAAAUACAAGGAUGCCGAACCCCUUUGCAAACGUGCCUUGGAGAUCCGCGAGAAGGUCCUGGGAAAGGAUCAUCCCGAUGUUGCCAAGCAACUGAACAAUCUCGCUCUGCUCUGCCAAAAUCAGGGUAAAUACGAUGAGGUUGAGAAGUACUACCAGCGAGCCCUCGACAUCUACGAAUCCAAGCUUGGCCCCGACGAUCCGAAUGUGGCCAAGACAAAGAAUAACCUGGCCGGUUGCUACCUGAAACAGGGAAGAUACACCGAAGCCGAGAUUCUUUAUAAGCAGGUCCUGACCCGAGCCCACGAGCGAGAAUUCGGAGCCAUCGACAGCAAAAAUAAGCCCAUUUGGCAGGUGGCUGAGGAGCGAGAGGAGCACAAAUAUGAUAACAGAGAAAACACCCCCUAUGGCGAAUACGGUGGUUGGCAUAAGGCUGCUAAAGUGGAUUCCCCAACUGUCACAACCACUCUAAAGAAUCUGGGAGCCCUUUACAGGAGGCAAGGCAUGUUCGAAGCUGCCGAAACCCUGGAAGACUGUGCAAUGCGAAGUAAAAAGGAAGCUUACGAUCUAGCUAAACAAACCAAGGUCUCACAACUGCUAACAUCUAACGAGAAGCGACGAUCCAAGCAAAUUAAGGAGGAUAUGGAUUUCUCUGAGGAGAAAAAUGCGAAACCGUAAAAAAUUUCAUUUGUUCAUCGCCCUCAACGGAAUCUUUAUGUUUAUAAUUGAAAGUUAACAACAAAAACAAUUUAUUUAUUCAUUCCUUAAUAUACAUAAGCUCGCAAGCAUACAUUAGCAAAUAAACAAGGUUUUAUACACUGUUAUUUUGUCAAAAUUAUGUACCGCUUUUAAUAAUAAACCAAAUAUAUUUAACAGAA